UCUGGUUCGUUACUGUUGUUGUCUUUGCCAAGGCAUCAGUCCUCACAGAGAUUGCAAGAUGCAUAAAAAUACGGUGCAUCAGAACAUUAUAUUGUACUGAGUAAACCGGGGACUUCACGGAUAUAGAGAGACUAUUACAUAUGGGGAAAAUAAAUUUGAAAAAAGAAAUAUUGAAAAUAUUAAAACCAAAACGUCAGUCAAACCUAGUGUGGUGGUGAAGAAGAAAAAAAAAAAAAAUUAUUCUCCGUCAUUGCUCCUAUCGUGCAUUUAUGGACUCUCCGGCUCGCCGUAAUUCAUUUCGACCAACCGAAAAAAUCCUGCAGUAAAAUGAGGCGGGAGUUCGCUGACUCGUUUGGCUGCGAGUGUAAUGGUUGCAUUGCGAAUCUGAAGAUAUGAGUGCUGCAUUACUCCGGACCUGCUUUCGAUAUAAUGCUCUCUAGCUUAAUCUCUCCUGAGAUGGAGAAUUAGCCAGGAACAGUACAGGCGUUCUGUAUCUCGUGCUUUCUAUAAAACCACCAGUGACAUUGCAACUCAAAUUCGAAGAAUAACAUCUCGGAUAGUGUAACCGAGCAAGCUAGCUGUACUUGUAGCUAGCAAGCUUGUGGUAGCGACGUGUUUUGUUAAAGUAGUGUUUGUUAUAGUCUAAAAUGAAUUAACCCAGUAAGUUGUUUUAAGAUAUUCAACUGACAACAUACUAAAGUUCAUCUUAUUUAACGUCUUAUUUAGUUAUUUCCGUGGUUGUGAUUAUCCGUUUCGCAAUGUUAUCCUGAAAAACGGGUUGACUUGAGUUGUCUGAAGCCAGCGACGCGGCCCAAAACAGUCACUCGUGUGGAGAUAGAGCUGGCAGCUUCCUUGGUGUCCCAGAGUGUCCUCCCGAAAGGAGCCGGGAUUUGGACAGCUCAUGACUUCGGACCAGGAAGCAAAAGUUAUAGCUGAACCCCAGGUGCAGCAAGCACAGGAAGCAAAGGAGGAGAUCCCCCUUCUGGAGUCUGCCAAGGUCUCUGACCUCAACCCAAAUGCUAAAGCAUGGGCUAACCAUGUUCCCAACUUGGAGGCCUCUGGAACAGCCUACUCAGACGCCUUGCAGUCAUGGGCAGAAACGACUAAUGGACCAGCGGCCUCUGUGACCGAAGGUUACGACACCAGCUGUGAGCUUCAGCAUGCAACAGUGUCCAUGGAUGCCACACUGACUACAUUGGCCAAGCCAGUGGACAUGGAGAGUGCUGCCGAAGACUCUAAACAGCAGCCCAACCUGGCAGGUACAGGCUACAGUCUUGACAUGGCAAUCUGCUCUAUAUCUGUUACAGUGAACAAAACUAUGAAAUGUUGUUGGGUUUGAGUAGGUGUGUGUUGU